AAUCUGGUUUCCUUGAUGCAUUACUAAACCUUUCUCCUCUAUCUUAAUUGCUUUUAUAAUUUCGUCCCACAUAUGGCUCUCUCUCUCUUGUGUCCUCUUCUUGCCACCUUUCUUUUCAUGCAAACUCUGGCAGAUACUUCAUGUACUACCGAUUGUUUUGUUCAAUCUCGUGCAGCCUAUUAUCCAAACUCUGAACAAAAUGGCACAGAUGUUGGUGCAUGUGGAUUUGGUUCCUUUGGUGCCACUGUUAAUGGUGGAGAUGUAUCAGCUGCAUCUAAUCUUUAUCGUAAUGGUGUUGGUUGUGGAGCCUGUUACCAGGUUAGAUGUACCAAUAGUGCUUAUUGCUCAGGCAACGGAGUCACUGUAGUUUUAACUGACCAAGGCUCAAGUGGUAACACUGACUUCAUUCUUAGCCAACGAGCUUUUGGUGGGAUGGCUGUGAACACUGAUGCGGCUGCUUCUCUAUUGGCUCUUGGCGUGGUUGAUGUUGAAUAUAGACGUGUUUCAUGCAGCUACCCAAACAAAAACCUUACAGUUAAGAUAGAUGAGAGCAGCAACAACCCUCACUAUUUGGCAUUUGUCAUAUGGUUUCAACAAGGAAGUAGAGACAUAACUGCUGUGCAGCUUUGUGAGACUCAGAACUUUGUCUGCAAGUUACUGGAUCGGAGUCAUGGGGCAGUUUGGACCACUGGCGCUCCACCAAGUGGACCUUUGUCUUUAAGGAUGUUGUUCAGUGCUGAAGAAGAGGGAGACGAAACAUGGGUCGCUCCUGUUAAUAACAUUCCACAAGACUGGAAGGCUGGACAAACAUAUGACUUGGGGGUACAAGUGGACCAAUAGAGAGAAGCAGCAAAAAAAUGAUUUAUUAAUCUGCUAUUGCCUGUAAUGAAAUAAAAAAAUAAGUUAAUUAUGUUAAGUUCAGUCGAUUUACCCUAUUUUAUUCCCCUCCAGUAAUUUUGUUUCUCUCCGAAGUAGCGAGACUGAGGAAAUUCUAUGAUCUUACUGGACAUGUCACCCAACUCCCUGGCUAUUUCAAAAUUUAAAAUAUCUUGAUCAUAUUCACAAGCAUGUUGAAA